UGAGAAAUGGUUGAUCAAGAUGGACGGGAUGUCCACACUCCGGCGUGCCAGGGCCUUGCGUGCCAAACCUUUGCGUGGAGUGAGAUGUCAGCUAUAGCUUUCCUUGACUUCCAAUAUCUCUACUUCGUCUCUUGACCGAUACUUGCCAUUUGGCUAUUCUCCUAUCUGUCUGUCUUUUCUACGCACAGGAGGAAGGAUCAUGAAGAGGAUAAUAUCAAGAUCGAGCUUUGUAGCUCUAGCAUGGAUAAGCGCGGCUUUUGCGACAUCUUGUGAGUCUCGUCGCCCGCACCUACAUCCACACUCCUCACUGAAUGGCACCUCCGUAGUAAUCGCAGAGCCGAUAGAAAGUCGCGACCUCGAGAUACGGGCGACUUCAAAAUGUCCGGACAAGUAUACCACACGUAAUGGGAUGAACUUCACGACGUACUGUGAACAAAACAACCCUUUCAACGAUGCCCUCGACCCUUUCCAAGUCGGCUCGAUGGAAGAAUGCAUGGAGCGUUGUUCGCGAUACUGGGGAAACGGCGAGGGGUGCUUCGGCAUCGUCUGGCGCGAAGACCAAUACUGCUGGAUCCGAAACUCUACUGUUUCUACCGCGGGCAUUACCAACGAGACGGGCAUCCACUCUGCACUCGUCGAAGCCAAAGACAUGAAGCCUCUAAACCAGGAUUGUCCCUUUGACGACCUCUCGACCCACGAUCUAAACAAUGGAAUCGGAUACACGGUGCAUUGUGGGAAAGUUAUUGGCAACAACGAUGCCUGUUUUCAAGGCUAUCCGUCUUGCUUGCCAUCGCCGUUCAUUGGCUACUACCACGCGACCUCCUUGCAAGACUGCCUGAACAUCUGCGUAGAGCAACAUCCACUCUGCCGUGCUGUAUCGUACAAUCCGGGACUCGAAAUAGGAUUCGCUAACUGCUGGCCCAAAACAGGAUUCGAAAACUUUGGCGAUCCAACAUCUAACAUGGGCGUUCUCCACUCCGCGGCCCUUACUUCGAUUGAAAGAAUCGAUUCGACAUGUCCGAGUGACAAGAGUUAUACGGCACAAGGAAACAAGAAGUUCGAGAUUCACUGCGGACAGUUGAAUGGCGGAACAAACAUCACGUCUAUCCAUCGCCAGAACAUUACCGCUUGUAUGAACGCCUGCGCUAACAGCGACAAAGGCUGUGUGGGCAUUGUUUUCGACUCCACACUAGCCUAUGGAUACAACAACUGUUAUCUCCAAAACACAACAUCUGUGAUCUCUGACCAGGCAUCUGCAACCUACGCCAUACUAUCUGGAUCCUCAAUACCCUCGUCAUCCGGCACGCCGCCCCCAGGAGGAAAUUCGGACAGCGGCGGCUCUUCUAGCAAAGCAUGGAUAGCAGGUCCCGUCGUUGGUGGCAUUGUUGCAAUCGCUAUCAUCGCCUUUGCGGCAUUCUGGUGGCGGCGGAGGAAGAACGCGAAAGUAAAGCAGGAAUAUGCGCCCGCCCCGGCUUACAGUCCGUAUUCAGGACCGGGGGGCGGAGUCGAUAUGACGAAUCAUCCGGGCGCCCCCUUGAGUGAGCUUGGAGGAUACCAUACGGUUGAGAUGGCGACGAGUGAAUAUCAACCGGUGACGAAGUAUGCGCAUGCGAAUGAGCCCCAUGGGGAGACGCCACAGGAGCUACCUACAUAAGGUAGCAACAAUGAGUUUUUGGUAUUGGCAGAGAGACUCGGUGCUACGAUGGAGAGGGAGUGAAUAUGAUGGGAAAAGA